AUGGGCUAUCUGCAGAGCGCGGAGGAGGCCUUGGCCGCCGAGAAUUGGCGCAAUGCAGCCGAGCUGUUCAGCAAGGCCAUCAACGAGCUUCGGGAGAAUCUGGCAGCAGGCCCCGAUGUGGACGGUUUGGUGGAGGCUUACAGUGGCCGCGGCCAGGCCCUGGCCGAGAUGGGGCGCCAACGCGGCACGCUCCCAAGACAACCAGCGACGCUGAAGGCAGCCUUGGCAGACGCCCGUGCGGCUGCUGCCUUAGCUGCACGUGGUGCCGGCGGUAUCGGCCCUGUGCGGGCGGUGAAGGCACUGCAGAGCACCUUGCAGGAGACAGGACAAAACCUGGAAGAGGCGCAAGCCGCCGCCAGAGCACUUCUAGAUGGCCCUGCUGCUCGUGCUUCACGCAAAGUACAUCAAGAACUCCAGCAGCUCGCGCAGGGCGCGGACACCAGCCGGCUUUGUGCGGAAAUGGAUGCUGCUGCAGAUGAUGGCUGGUCUCCAGGCACAUUUCGGUGGCCGAGUCGUAUGACACUGCCCGAACUGCCUGCUGGAAAGCCUGCUGCGGCUGGGCUGUCAGACAAAGGUUGGGGACCAUACUUGCGGAGCCGGGGGGGCGAAGAGAUGGUCCGAGCGGCACGGGCAAAGGCCAUCAUGUUGGAUGCACUCUCUUUCCCCCUGUCCCUGGCAUGGAUACUCAGCCAGGAGUCCGUCGUCCAGUGGCCAAAGGAGCCGCGGCCACCGGAUUGGGAGCUGCAUGUGGUGGUGCUCGGUGCGACCUCCAAAGCCGAGGUGCGCGUUUGGCGAGACUCCAAAUACUGGGACGAACUAGCAGAACUUCUCAAGCACCGAUGUAAUGUUCGGCUUCACUUCGUUGGUCCGGAGAUAUCGCGCAGUUCCGGAUUCAGUGACCUCUCAGAAGUGCACCAGGUAGAGCCACCCUGCGCAAAGCACUUCUUUCAGCAGCGGCCUGAUCUUCGUCCGGAGAACACUGUGUGUGCUGUUUUCAAUGGAGGCUACGGAAAUUUCGUGGCCUCUGGGCGCGACGAGCUGUUUUGGAGCUGGCUGCCGGACUUGCUGUUCUUGGCUGAAUCGCGGUACUUGUGUGCCUUCUUCUGCGCCAACGACUAUGCAGAUCUACGUGGUGAGAUUGCAAUCCAUACGGCGAUCCUCGGAUCCUGCUUCGUGCUCUCGCCUCGCGAGAAUCCCUUCGCCAUGGCCACCGUGUAUUCCGGAGAGGACAAUUCUGGAGAGUGGUUCUCUGGAAAUGCUUUUACCUUUGUCACAUGUGGCUACCAGAGACGUGGCUUGAAGUUAACGGGAAGGCAUGCCGCCACUCAGCUGCAGUGCCCUGGCUUGAACCAUGGCUUUCUGGAAUGCCUAGCAGACGCGGAUGAGUGUGAAAUCGUAUCGAUGAUACUUGCCUUCGCACUGAGGAGCAUGGCCAUGGAAGCCGAAGGCUCAGAGUCAGACGACUUGGUGUACUCUGGACCAGACUUUCCCGAAGAACUAGACGAAUUCCUCGCCUACGGCGUGAGGGAGCAUGACGGUGACUUUGAGGCGAUCUCCGAAGACUUUCUGGAGAUUGCGCAGGGCUUGGAUGAGGAGCUUGUAGAGCGUGCCUACGAGUUUUACUCGCCGGAGGCCUUACGUAGGCGCUGGCGCUUCCUGACCGCGCUAGAAAGUGAGCCGGUCACAGGUGCCAGUGCUUCAUCUAGUGCAUCCAGUGCAGACAUGCCUGGGCCAAGACUGGGCGAUGUGAGGGAUCAGACAGAUCCCAUGGAAAUGCCACAUUUGUCGUUCUUUUCUGAAGACGUGAGAGACCAGAUCAAGGCAAUCUAUGACGAUGUGCAGGCGAAAUUGCCUUCUUCAUACCUAGACCAGGCUGAAGAUGACGAAGAUGUGCUUUGCGAAAACUCAGAUUCGAUCGCACCAGAAAUGUCUGUCAGCGGAAAGAGUGGGAGUGGAGCUGUCGACGGCGAGGGCGUGGCUGACGCUGACGAUCAGGAUGCUGGCACCGAUGACGGGGACGUGUCUGACUGCGAUUCAGAGCUAUCUGACAGCAUGGAGGACACGGCCGUGUCUCUUUUCGGCACAGCAGACCUCAACGAGAUUCUCGCGUACCUCUCGCGGCCGGAAGUUGAUGCCCUUCAGAUAGCAGUGGAGGCGCUCACUCCAGUAAAAAAGCCCGUCGCUCGGGCUCAUGACACUGUGCCGUCCGAUGGAGAGUCCGAGCAGGCGUAUCAGGCAAGACGCCGAGCCCUCAAGGACUCCAGCAAACGCUUGGUUAGAAACAGCUUUGGAGCUGAACAAGAUCAGAAAAGACAAAUGCGCUCACCACCAGAACCCAGGUGUGAGGUGAAAUCAGUCAGUGCAUCACAAAUCUCUGGAACAGUGAGGGCCUUGCAGCAGCUGGUUGACCCCAACGAUAGCGAGGCAGAGACCGAUGCGGCAGAGACUGAAUCGAAUGCCAGUGAGGAUGCGGACUACGAGGAAGACCAGGAUGUUCGCAUCCGCACAAUGUUGCAGCUCCUUCGCCAGGCGCCAAAUGGCGAUUGCCCCUGGGAUGUGUGGCUGGAAGCAACACGUGCAUGGCCUCAGCUCAAGAUUCGCUUGGAUGACCCCGGUAUCUGCCGACGUAGACAAGGCUUGCGGGUUGAGUUUAGUGUGGACAAGCUGAAGUCAGCAUUGGAGGAGGAGCGGGCUGAAAGGUUUGUCAGGAACGAGAAACGCAAGGAGAGGCGCUCGAAGAAUGGGGUUGUCGAGUUGGUACGUGAAGCUGAGCGACGUAGAGACAUGAUGAGCGGGCGAUGGGACUUCAAGGACCUUAUGUUGGUCUCAACAUAG